AUGCUAUACCCCACACCAUGCAGCAGCCUCAAUCGACCUCUCACCAGCAGGGCUAAGGGCGCAAUGCCUGUGCCGCCUGCCGGAUACGCGUCGAUUCAAACGCCUGUGGUUGGUGCUGCAUUCCUCCGCGCCGUGGCCAAGGCACGCAGCUAG